UGGUGGUGGGGGGAAACGGUCGAUUCAUUUUGAAAAAUUUCUCGCAUUGGAAAAAAAAUUGCGCUUCCGUCAUCCUGAGUGGGAGGGAGGAUCCUUCUGCUCUGCACUGCCCUGGAAAGGGGGAAAAUAUUCUGUUUGACCCGCAUCGGUUUUCUGGGAGGUAACGAAGGCGGCGCGUGCUGCUUUGCUCGCUUUUUCCCCCCCUUUUUUUCCAAAUUAGAAAUCAUUUUAGAAUUUUUUUUUCGUGCGCAGGCCGCGCGCGCGCUUUACUCCCCUCUAAUUUGCGCAUCCGGAUUUGGGAAAACUGAUGCUUUCCGGGGUCUCACUCUUAGCCGGAGCGAUUGGGGGAAAAAGAGAGAGAAAGAGGGAGGGAGAGGAAAAGGGGACGAGUGUGAAGCGAGCUGAAAGCUCCGGACUCCACGAGCCUGUGUAGCCGUGGCUGAACCCCAGCGGAGCCAUGAGCACUCAGGAGGUCCCCAACGCCAGUCUGAAGCAGGGCGACACGCCCACUGAGACGCUUUCUGCCCAGGCCGUGCCCGCCGCCUCGCCCAAGACCACUGCCUCUCAGGUGAAGGCCGAGCCUCGCCGCACACCCACCACCUCAACCAGCAACGGCAAAGAGAGCGACGGCAGCCUUCCUGCUGAGAUCUGCGUGGUCAUCGGGAGCCCUCGCAAUUCCCAAACACAGGGCUCCUACGUCUGCCGAGUGUGUGGGAAGAAGUACAAGUAUUACAACUGCUUUCAGACACAUGUCCGUGCCCACAGAGAGUCGGAGAGCACCGUGCCUGCAGAAGCGGCGCCUCACGGCCCAAACAAUGCUUUCCGUUACACAUGUGACAUUUGUGGGAAGAAGUAUAAAUACUACAGCUGCUUCCAGGAACACAGAGAGCUGCAUGCAGUCGAUGAUCCCUAUGAUCAUGUGAUUCCCGUCGAGGAACCGAAGGAAGAGAUCGAGCCCUAUCAGAAAAUCGGACCAAAAACAGGGAGCUACACGUGUGAAUUCUGUGGAAAACAGUAUAAAUACUUCAACCCUUAUCAGGAGCAUGUGGCCCUUCACACUCCAAUGAAAAGCUCUUUCGCUCUGAAAAUUGACGGUAAAACCUCAGUGCAGCCGAGCCGCGGAGACGCCAACAGCUCCCAGAGCUCGAGCGAUGCUACAAGCCCCAUGGUGGCCAGCGCCUUUCCUACAUCGCAGAAGGCCUACACAUGUGGAUCCUGUGGCAUUCAGUUCCAGUUCUACAACAACCUCAUGGAGCACAUGCAGUCACACGCCGCUGAUAAUGAGAAUCACACUAAAGAGGACUCGGCUAAACCAUGCCAAGCCCCUGCACCGUCUCAGGAGCAGACGUGGAAAUCGCCUCAGCCUGCCCAGAGGAACCACAUCCCAUCUUCAUACCAGAAUAGAUUGCUUCCGGAGAAGGAGCGGCAGCAGGUGGCUGAGCGCUUGUUGCGCAUGAUGUGUACUGAUUUGGGUCUACUUGGUGUACUCAGCAGCAAGGACUUCCUCAAGCUGGCCCAAACUCUAGUGGACACAGGCUCCCGCCAUGGUGCUUAUUCCAUCCGCGAUGCUCUUGGAGACAUGAGCACUUUAGCCCUGAAGCAGCUACCCCGCAUGUACAACCAGGUCAAAGUGAAAGUGACCUGUGCGCUCGGAUCAAACUCCUCCUUAGGCAUUGCUGUGACCUGCCAUUCACAGACUAUUGGGCCUGAUUCCUGCUAUGUGCUAACGGCGUAUCAGGUCGAGGGGGUCCGGCUUCGACGUUAUGUGCUAGGAAUUAAAGAGGCUUCUAUAAGGGAGGGUCCAGAGCAUGUCCAUCACUGGGUCCAGAACGUCCUUUCUGAAUUCGUCAUGUCAGAAAUUCGCACAGUCUAUGUCACAGAGCCACGUUUGUCACUGUUACCUAGUUGCGGCAGGUCUAGCCUUAGCUUGCGGUGUGCGGGAUGCUCUCUGUCAGCCACUAUUCAGGCCGUUCUUGGGCGACGUAGCCUUCAGGCCCGGGGCCUGCAUGAACUUGGAGAACUUCUGGCAACAUGCCGCGACAUUGCUGGAAGUAGUAGCUUUAAUCGAGACAGCAAGGCCACAGAUGAGUCUCCACCGCCACCUUGCUGGGAUUUGACUGCUGAGGCAUUGCUCAAGGUCCAUGAGAAUUUCGAGGCCAUAUGUGAAGUGUAUGGCCGCUGUAAAAGCACAGCACCACUUUUACAAGGCCUCAACAAGCACCUUCUCAGCACACUAGCCUCCCUGCUGGCACCAUUGCGCCAGGCAGCUCAGGAGCUGGGGGGUGAUCGUUGGCCCACCCUUCAGCAGGUGCUGCCCUCCUACCUUCGCCUGGAGAAGCUUUUUACCUCCAAGGCUGGAGAGGCAGGUGCUGGCAGCAAGCUCUGCCACUACUUCCUGGAAGCACUAAAGGAAAACUUCAAGGUUGAGCGAGUCCACCAAGUGGCUAUGAUCCUGGACCCACAGCUCAAGCUCCGACCAGUCCCUGGAUACCAGCAUGAGGAGAUUAUUUCCAGGGUGUGUGACAUGGCUGCCAGCAUGAAGGAACCAGCGAGCGGAGGCCCAUCUGGGAUCUCAGGAGAUGAGAGGGACAGCGACGGGCCAGCCGGUCCCAAGCGAGGACGUAUGGAUUGCGGGAUAGACAGGCCAUCUUGCGCUGCCGAGGAUCCACAGGUCCGGAAGGAACUGUUCCAGUACCUGGGUGAACCGCUCUUCCAAGCCACAGGGGAUCUCUUCCAGUACUGGAGCUCCGUCAUGGACAGAUAUCCCAAGUUGUCCCGGUUGGCUUUGUGGCUCCUGGCAGUGCCCGCCAUGGGUGUCCGCAGCGAAUGCGUCAGCAUCUGUGAGCAGACCUUCGCCCUAAAGAGGAAGCGGGAGGUCACAGCCGAGGAAAUGAACAAACUCGUCUUCCUCAAGUGCAAUUUUGCCUGAGGUAGAGCAAGGCCACCAGCCAGCACUACUGACUCUUUGUGAAAGACACACUAAAGUAUUUAGUAUCUAGGCGCUGGUCUAGGUUUACUUUGUAGCUUCUUUACGUCAUUGGUUAGAACUCUUAUUCUGGAGCGAAAACCUAUUUCUGGAUCAACGUCUAUGAACGACGUGCAGUUAAGGAGUUCUUUUUGUGGACGACUGCUGUGGAGCAAUACGUUAUCGAGCAGAUAUCACCUACACACACCUCAAACCUCAACUUUCUACUGCCCUUGGUAACCUAACAGCGAAAAAGAUAAGCCCUAAAACGUGGAUAUAAACUUUUGUUGUCAAUGCUUGAAUCAUCUAAACCAAAACAUGGACACACUGUAUGCAUCGUCUUAUUUUUUCCUUUUUCUUUUUCACUUGGUUUCCUUUUUUUCCCCCACAUAGACUGCUAGACUGUUUGUCCCUGUUAUCUUUUUCCUGCCUGAAUUGUCCAUUUUUUUUCCCCUGAGCUGCCAAAAGAGCAUUACUCUACUUUGCUUUUCUUGCUGUACAAAUGACCUCUUAGUUAUCAGGUCUUGAAAAUGAUUUCAGGUAACCUAUGUGCAUUUCUUAUUUCAGUGUUUCUAAAUGAGAGUUCUUCACUGGGUGCUCACUUCCACUUGUAUGACUAAAUACUUUGGUGUUUUUAAUAUAUGCUUCUUAAAAUCCAUAUUUUUAAUGGUCUGUACUGAUAGAAGCCGUCGUGUAUUGCACAGUUUGAAUCUACAUAUGCAUGAGGAAUCAAAUAUUCAAAUUUUAUUCUAAAUGCAUCACUCUCGUCGCAGUUGGUGCAUUCAACCCCCUUCCGAGCACAGCAGGGUCUAACCUAUAGAGCUGCAACCUGCUCUGAAGAUCAUGUACAUGAAUUCAUCAUCACCAUCUACAUGAUCUUGAUUAUCUUGGGUGUGAGACUGUGUUGUUGGACACAGAAUAGUUUAUAUUCAGAAGCAGAUGUACCAUGUAAUCCUUUUUGCAGCACUGGCCCAGACGGCUCAUCUUGUACUAGAUUUCCUUCCUGAUUUCGGACAGUUCAGAUGGGAGAUUCUGUGCGUUUUUGGAGUCAGGGCACGUACACGAUCCAAACAAUGCAAAGCCAAUUUGAAACCAUCUGAAGCUAUAUUCACAUAUAGAGAUGGCUUGAGGAAAAUAUUCUAUCAUAAAGGGUUCUUCAGUUUUUUCCCUUUUGGAGAAACCCUUAAUGGUUUCGUGUAGAACCCUAAAACAUAGGAUCCAAGUAGAACCAUUCUGGAAAACUGUAACCAUUACCCAUCCAGAAAACCCUUAAAGAACCCUUUGUUAAAGAGUGCAUAGUGUAGAUCAUGGAAAAUUGUUGGACCCUUGAGUAAGACCUGAAACUACUGUACUGGAUACUGCUUUAGGUAAAUACACUACAUUAAAACAAACUCUUUUGUCCUGACUUUGUGUGGUGGUCUGGAAAACACUGCAUAUGAUGAAAUUCUGAUGUUUUUACUAUAUAUAUAUAUAUAUAUAGUUUUGAAAAAAAAAAUACAGGUUUUGUUUCUGUUUUGCAUGUAUGCAUUUUAAAGUUUGGAUACCACCAAAAGUGAAAAGAGAGAAAUUUGCUUUUAAAGGUUUCCUUCCAACUGUGGUGCAGGAGCAUUAUGGACACUUUAACAGCCGGUAUCCGAUUACAGACUGAAUUGUUCAGACUUUUGUUCAUGUGGCUUCGGCACACGUCUAUCCAAUAACUUGAUCAAAGCGUAAAAUUCACUGUGUGAGGAAAUUACAUUUAGCUAGCCAGGUUUUAGAUAUUUUUAGGCAGACUGUUAUUACCAGCAUGUUUGAUAAACAUGAUCUUUGCAGGCAGACACAAAGGCAUGGUUAGAAAAUAGACUAAAUAAAAAACAUUUCCAUGUUGUUUUGGUUAAAUAUAUUUUUUUCUUGAAGGUAUCAAAGUAUGUUAUAGGCAAAACAAACAAAAAGAAUUUGGUCAAAACAUGACAUUAGGUCUCAGCCACAACAAUAUCUGAGUGGUUUUCCCAGACCGCCAUGCAAAUACAAACAGAACUGGCACUUUUUCUUCACAAUAUGGCUGCCUAGGGUGUUUAAACAUCCUUAUAUAGUCUUAAUUGAAAUUGCUAAUUGAAUAUAAGAGGACUAUAAAUGGUAUGUAUCAACGUUUGUGUGUAUCAACACACUCAUGCUUCUUUAGGGAUAGACUUGUAUUAUUAUUAUUAUUAUUUUUUUUGCCAUUUAUAAAGUCUUAGGAAUCUGCAUUCUGGGAUGUCCAUUGUGUUAAAAAGCCAAACAGUUGGAACAAGGAAGCUUGUUUCAGUUCAGUAUGAAUAGGUUUUGAAUAGAGGGCAGCUGCAUUAGUUCUGGACGCAGCCUCCGUAUUUUUAAAAGUUAAUUGUUCUGUCUUUAAUGCACUGGAUUUCUAAAAACCAAAUGGAAAAUAGUGUAAUUAGUUUCUAUAAUUUUUUGAGUGAUAAUUCAAGGACGGAAUCAAAGAGCUUAUUAAAAAAACCUUCCCAACUGUUUGUCAUGGCCAGGCUUGAUCAUUUCUCUGUCUUGUACUUCCUUGUACACUCUAGUUUCAAAGCGUAGAGCUGUUCCGAAGAUGUAUGGACAUCAUGGAUGUUUGUUUGUUUGUUUGUAUGUGUUGCUUGGACAAAGUUUCUCCAAGAUCAUAAAGCUAGAGUCAAGCUGGAUGAUGUUUAUUCCUGUUGUUCAUUUUUUUUAUGGCCACAAGAGGGUGCCGUUAAGCUCCUGCUUUUGGUGGGAGUGGCCAAGCUCCUUACCUCCUUUUGUAUACACAACUUUGAUAAUAGAGUUCAUCAGAAUUCAGAAAUCGGUACUGUUUUUUAUUUUCUGCUUUUAUGCAUCCAGGGAAGAACGUAUUUGUUUAGACUGCCAAGGAAGUAUCAGAUUGUUCUCAUCAGCAUACUCACAUUUGCAAUAUUUAAAUAAAAACAAAUGUACUCUUAUUUUAGGGACCCACUAUUUUUUUUCCCUUUCUGCUAUGUGCAAAAAGAAACAGAUGGUUGCUUUUUAGUUCGUUUCAUUUUAUUUUAGUAGUUUUUUUUUUAUGAUUGUGUAUGACUUGUUUGAACAGUAGGUCUAAUUUAUACUUUUUUAGCAGCACUAUUUUUAUAUCUAUAUAUAUGGUUAAUGAUAGAACUUUAACUCAUUACUGAUUCUCAGUAGUACACCAAGCGCUGUGCAGCAUCCUCAGAAUCUAUCAUGUACUGUGUGAAAAUAAAACGUACUGAAACAGGAA